UGCUCGGAGUAACGAUGGCGGCGGCUGUGGAGAAGACCGGACGGAGUCCGCAGCUGAAGCAAGAAAGGGGCGAAGUGGCGUAUAAACAGCGACUGGAGAUGCUAAUUGGAGACACCAUUGACAAUUUGAUUAAACGUAUAAUGCGACUCAUUCUGCAAGAUACCUAUGAGGCCCAGUCAGAACUACAUACAACCAUGCUGGAUCUGUUUGAGAAAAUUGGUAUUACCGGAGCUGAGGACUGUCGCCCAGAAGCUCAUGUCUUUUUCCAGCGUUUUGCUGAAAUCGCAUGGUCUGAACUAGUGGAUGAAUGCUUUGCAGAAGGAAGCAUGAAGUUGAUUCACUCUCAUUCUACAUUUUUUCAGGCAUUGGGUUUUUUACGGAGAAUAUCUUGUUAUAUGCCUUGUGUUAAACGAAUGUGGGAUAAACGAUACCGAAUUGUUACAAAUAUUGGCAUCAUGCUUGUUUUCGAUGGUGAAAUUACUCACCUACGGCAUUUCAUCUGGCAGGAGUGUUUGAAAAUCCUUUACAAUUGCCUUGUCUUGUGCACUGAAGAUGACAUAAAAUAUAUUUGCCAGUUGCAGAUCUUUAACUGCCUGGAAGUAGCUUGGAAAAUAUCUGACGAAAGGUUGAAUCUUGGGUUACUUGUGAAAGCAUGGUUGGUUCUAGCUGAGCAUUAUCACAUUCCAAUUUGUAAGCAAACCUGGGAUCGAUCUUCUUUCCCCCAAAUAAUUCGGUAUUUGUCAAUGGAAGAUGAAUAUGAAAUGGCAGGUGUAUAUGUUGCGAGAAAAGCCAUUCAGGCUGUAACCAAUCCUGAAGAAUACAAGAAAAACCCUUAUGUGCAUUAUAACCGCAAAGCAAGGUACAUAUCUACAAUUACUGACACAGAAACCAAGCCACCUGAAACAUUCCCUACCAUAUGCUCUUCACCACCUUGUAAUCAACUGGAAAAUGUCCAAUGUCACUUUCGUACUUGUGAAUCCUGUCGUCUUACAUAUUACUGCAGCAAAGCCUGCCAGAAAUACCAUUGGAAACAUGGUCACAAGGAAGAAUGUAUUCCUGUGUAUCCAAGGGAGGAAAUCUUAAAAUACUAUACAGAUGAUGUGAUAAAUGACUUUCAACUAUACUGUAUGAGCCUGUCAAAUAACAAGAUGCUGGAAAGCAUUAUGGGCCAACCAAUUCCGAAGCGUAAGAAAGGAGAUGGUGUUCGCUGCUUAGGGGUCCUUAUUAAAAAUGAACAGGGUCAGUGGGUUACCAUUGAUGAACAGAUACCAGAUGCCAAGAAAUAUGCAUUUCCUCAUACCAGAAGGAACAGACCCAAAGACUAAAUUGUUUUCUUUUAAAUGGUUAUAUUUUGGUGUAGUGAAUAUUUCAAUCACACAGUGUUUGUUUCGACAAAUAAUUUAAGACAUCAUUUGCCACCUGAACUGAAUAAUCCAUUAUUCUGUACUCGCUUCACUUUAGCUGUCACUGAGACUAUAAUGAGAACAUUUGGUUAUGGUUCUGUUUUAAAGAGUCCAUUGUUUAUAUUUCCUUUUCAAUAAAUACUUCUCAAAGUUUUGUAAAAUGACUUUGACUGAACUGUUAAAGAAAGAGCCCUAUUUGUGUGGAUGAAUCAAGAGGAAUGGAGAACUGAUUUAUGUUUUAUUCCAAGUUAAUAGAGCAGCAUAGUGUCAGGGCAGGUAGUGCUGCUGUCUCACAGCUCUAGCGAUCGAGGUCUGAUCCUGAUCUUGAAUGUUGUCUGUGUUGAGUUUGCAUGUUUUCUCUUCACCGUGUGAGUUUCCCUGAGUGCUUUGGUUUCCUCCCACAUCCUAAAGAUAUGCUGGAUGGUAGGUUAUUUGGUUACUGCAAUAUACCCCUCGUGUAGAUGGGUGGUUGGAGAUUUAGAUAUCUUUAUUA